GCCAGGCCCAGGUGGGUCAGGGGGAGCAGGUGUGAGCACCCGGUCCGCUGCACCCCCGGGCCGGAGGCUGGGCCUGCAGUGACGGCCGCUGUCCGUGCCCACGGGUCACCGGUGAGCGGACGCCCCACACAUGGGCCAGGCGUGGGGACCUCAGGCGACAGACCCUCAGGCAGGGCCCCAUGCAGGCCCCUGGGAAGGAGAGGUGCCGCCCCAGACCCCGAGUCACCGCAGCCUCGGAGGCCACGGUUUUCUGUAUUUGGCAAGAAAAAGACGUUUUCACCGUCCCAGGAGAUGGGGCACGCGCACACGCGCACACUCACCAGGCUGCCCUCUCCCGUGGGGACCGUCUCCCUCAGAGGCUCCGGAGGGCUGAGCCUGCGUGGCCGCCGUGGCCUGGGGACUUUCCCGCAGGUGGGCCGGGAACUGCGUCUACCUGAGCUGCCGGCAGGAGGGACUUUCCGGGCCUCGUCCUGUGGGAGGCUCCUCUCUGGGAAACUCCUUAAAUUAGCUGUUGAGUAGGUAAGCCUGGGCCAUGGCACGACUUAAAAGGUACGAAAACAACCAGCCGUGCCGCCCCAGCUGCCGGCGCCCAGCGAUGCAAGACCUGUGUGCGUGUGCACACGUGUGCGUGGUGCGUGCACGUGUGCAUGAAUGUGUACGUGUGUGCUCACUCCACCUUUACACACCUGGCACCCACCUGUCCUGGGGCUGCCCAGGCCCUGUCUGAGGCCACCACGUUCUCCCGGGACAGUCGGCUGGGCCGGCGUCUUCUCUGUUUGGGGAGCUGGGGCGCGCCCUCGACCAGGGCUCCCGGAGCAGCCACACGCUCUAGCCCGUGGGCCGUGACACGCCACGCACAGGGACACAGCCCACACGUGCUCCCCGGCUGCACCCUGCUGCCCGGAGAGGGUGGGCCCGCUCAGGGCACGGCUGGGUCUGGUCGGCCAGCCCGGGAGCAGGGAUGGGGCCUGGAUGAGGUGCUUCUGCCCCAGCCUCGUCGGGGCUCCCACACCGGGUGUCAGCCAGGCUGUGCCCUGUGGCGUCCUUGGCAGGCAGGCGGCCACCUGCCACGUCUUCACGUGGCCGGCCGGCCCUCUGUGGCUUUCCUGGAGUCUCUUGCAACAAGGCCGGUUGUGUGGGGCCAGGCCCUACCCUUACAGCCUCCUCUGACCUCAGUCACCUGCAAGUACAGCCACCCUGGGGGUCAGAGCUCCCUGUGGACCUGGGGACCCCAGCCUCUCACACCUCCGGGCCCAGAUGCGGCUGCAGCCACACUGCUGGCCACUGCCCGCCGCACUGGCCGAGGACUCCAGCCCUGGAGCCGGGGUCCCUCCCGCAGCCCUGGCUGUGCCUCGGCUCCUGGUGUGCUCGGGGCGCCUUCUCUGAGCCCUUUAUAGCCACAUCCUGCAAGGAAAACACACACUCCUGCCCAGCUGCGGAGGCAAAGAUGUGUGUGGGCGCUCAGCGGCCCCGGGCACCUCCGUCCGCCCUCCUGCUCCUGGGGCUCGCGCUGGGCUCCGCGGCCAAGCUCACCUGCCCUGGGGACGCCUACCCUCGGGGGAGCAAGUGCUGCCAAGACUGCCCGCCAGGGUUCGGGAUGGAGAGCCGCUGCACCCAGACCGAGGACACCAGGUGCAGCAAGUGCGAAAGCGGCCACUACAACGAGGCCACCAACUACGAGCCCUGCAAGCCCUGCACGCAGUGCAACCAGCGUGAGCCCCCCAACCACAGACAGGCGGCCCCGGGCCCCCAGCCACAGCCACAAACCCCAAACCACAGCCGGUGCUCUGCCGGGGGUCCCCGGGCACCUCCCUCCUCCCAGGGGCGGAGACCGAGGGGGGCGGCAUGUGCCGGCCACGUGGCCAGGGGGAGUCCUGGAGGCUGGAUGAGGUGGGCAGGGAGCCAGGUAGCCACGGGCCUCGCGCCACGUGGCCAGGCCGGACACAGCGUCCAGGGGCCUCGGGGCUGGGGGCCUCAGGGGGGGGGCGGGCCCUGUCUGCCGCACUGGUCCUGCUCCUGCACUACAUCUUCUGGAGGCCGCCCGCCGCCCCCGCUUUUUUCCGGAGGCCGAGGCCGAGGCCCUCACAUCCGCCCUCUCCUCUGCCCAGGAGGCCACAGCUGCCGGAAGCCCAUCCAGGAGGAGCACUCGGACGCCCACUCCACGCUGGCCAAGCUCUGAGCACGUCCCUGGGGCGGCUGCGCCCCCCCCACCAGGCCAGGUGGUGGGGUAUCCCCAGGCGCAGGCCGCCCCCCAUGGUACACAUCACCCCCUCGCUGUCACCUCAUCCCCCGUCACCCCUGUGCCCGGCUCCCAGGGCCUGUUCCUGCUCCGCACCAUUCUCGGUGCUUCUGGGCCCGCACCUGGGCCGCUAUGUAUGCCGUGCAUACUCCCCACCCAGGUGGUAACCCCAAUAAACGCUGCUGGCAAA